AGCGAAUUUAUUAGUUGUUCGCGACAACUCACACUUUUGCGCCGCCACUGUCCGUUGCAACCUCGAGAAUACGAGUUCGCUCCCCGAAAACGAGUAUUUAGCCAUCUCGCUGAGCCCCAAGCCCUCGCCGGAGCUUGUGUUCACUUAGACUUGGAGUCAGAUCUGAUCGCAUAUCAAAGUCUCGUCUCACCAUCAUCACUCGUGUUCAACUCCAGCACUCCGAGUUCAAUAUCUGAUCUCUGCAUUUGCAAAUCAGUCAAUCCGACCUCCAAAGGACUUCAUUCAGUUAUUAUCCUCAACUCAGCACCAACCAUGCCUGUUCAGACCUCGACCGACCCGCGCCAGCGUCUCUCCAUCCUCACCAACUCCACACUGGGCCACGACGUCAGUGCAGCUUUCAAGGCUUCGUCCGUCACCUCCCGUUUAAGCCAUGAGAUCCGCGAGACGCCAGCACCUCCGCCAUCGCCCAUCGACUUCUCCUUCCCCUCCACACCAGCGGAGCACGGAAGCCAGUCUGGAAACGAAUCAAACUGAAGACCUCAUUGCCCGCUUCGACUCGCAGCGUCUGACUUCAUUUGACCUCGCCUUUCCCUUAUCAUGAUUGUGCAUUUACAUAGCGAGCGGGUUUUCCAUCGGUUCGGUUCGGCCAGUCCGUCACAACGUGUGCCACUCGCACAGAAUCCGUUGGUCUGGAAUCGGAUCCCAUGGGACACAAACAACGAUACACACGGGUACGCCUUACUAGAGGACGGGUCGGGCGCACAGCAGCUUUGAGUUUGUGUUUGAUUCACACUUGGUUUUUAAACUGCGUUUCCCCUUUCUCAC